GCAAGCAAGGCUCAAUGCGCGACGCAGAACAUUCAGCUCAGACUGCAUGCGCACUCCAAGGAUGGAGCUCUGUUGCGCAGUGGAGCUGAAGCGAAAUAUCUGAGUGGCGCUUACUUCUUAUCAACAUGGAGGAAAAAAACAAUAACACGAACACAUCGUUUCGAUUUGAUUUUGAAAACAACAUAUCUAAAACUAAUGCCGAGGAGGUAAAACCAAGUUCCCAAAUCUUUACGUCCUUUCUUCUGGCUGCGCUCAUCUUGUGUGCCAUAUUUGGCAACGCGUGUGUGGUUGCAGCUAUAGCUCUGGAAAGAAAUCUUCAGAACGUAGGGAACUAUCUGAUCGGAUCUCUGGCCGUGACUGACCUGAUGGUAUCAGUUUUGGUGUUGCCAAUGGCAGCACUUUACCAAGUAUUAAACCGGUGGACUCUCGGACAGGUACCGUGUGACAUUUUCAUUUCUUUAGAUGUGUUGUGUUGUACAUCAUCUAUAUUGCACCUGUGCGCCAUCGCCUUGGACAGGUACUGGGCCAUUACCGAACCCAUAGAGUAUAUGAAGAAGAGGACACCCAGAAGAGCGGCGGUUCUUAUCAGUGUCACUUGGUUUGUCGGGUUCUCUAUCUCUGUUCCACCCAUGUUGAUCAUGCGUUCCCAGCCGAGUAGUAAGGCGGAGGACAUAGCAAAUCCUGAGCAGUGCAGGAUCAGUCGAGACCCCUGGUACACCAUCUACUCGACAUUUGGCGCGUUUUAUAUUCCGUUGAUACUGAUGUUAGUCUUAUACGGACGGAUUUUCAAAGCAGCCAGAUUUAGAAUCAGGAGAACAGUGCGUAAAACAGAGAAAAAAAAAGUGUCUGAUUCUUGUUUGGCACUGUCUCCUAAUCUUUUUCACAAAAGGACCAACGGGGACCCGAGUAAAAGCUGGAAGAGAAGCGUGGAGCCCAAACCGAUCCCGUGCGUAAACGGCGCAGUAAAGCAUUCAGAGGACGGAGAGUCACUGGAGAUCAUCGAGGUUCAUAGUUAUUCUAAAAUCAACCUGCCACUCCCCAACUCCGAACCCCUCUUUCAGAGCAGACACGAUAAGAAUAUGGAGGCAAAAAGAAAAAUGGCCAUGGCCAGAGAAAGAAAAACUGUGAAAACGCUGGGCAUCAUUAUGGGUACUUUUAUAUUUUGCUGGUUGCCUUUUUUUAUCGUCGCCUUGGUAAUGCCUUUUUGUCAAUUCUGCCAAAUGCCAAGUUGGCUCAAGGACGUCAUUAACUGGCUCGGGUACUCCAACUCCCUUCUGAACCCCAUAAUUUACGCAUACUUCAAUAAAGACUUCCAAAGUGCUUUUAAGAAAAUAGUCAAAUGUCAUUACUGCAAAACAUAAUCAUGCACAUAAUAUCCUUUUAUGCUUCAAAUUGUGACUUAUGUUUGCAAGCGAUAAGUCAGUCAGUCGAAAAAUAUAAGCCUACUCAAGAUAGAAAAUGUUGUUUCAUAAAAAAAAACGUUCAUGAUUAUGACUAUAUUUGUGUUAUUAUAACAGUUUAACAAAAAAAAACUGUAAUAAUCAGGAUUGCAGAUUGUUAUAGGUUAU